GUGAACCAGUUCUACAUGAAACGACACAACUCUACUCAUUAACAAAAAAACGUAGAUUAAAACUGAAAAAAAAACAAUAUUAUUCCUGUUGUAUAUAGUGACGCACAAUAAAAUUUAAAUUAAUUUAACUUGUGUAAUAAAGAAAAAAUAAGAGAACAACAUGGAUUUUGCUGACGAUUUUGCACCCAAAGAAGAGGUCGACCCAGCAGCAGACUUUUUGGCACGCGAGCAGUCCGUUCUGGGAGAUCUCGAGGCCGAAAUAACGGGAGGAUCAGCCACAAAUGCCGCAGCUGCAGUGGCAACUGACGAUGGUCUUCUCGGUGCUGAGCUUGGCAGUGAAUUGUCUGCCAAUGUUGGAGGCGGUCUGGAAUCCUCGACCGGCAGCUUUGAAGUGAUUGGCAGCGAAUCAAACGAACCUGUUGGCAUCUCGGGGCCACCGCCAUCGCGCGAAGAGCCGGAGAAAAUCAAAAAGUGGCGUGAAGAACAGAAACAGCGCCUCGAGGAGAAAGAUCUCGAAGAGGAACGCAAGAAGGAGGAGUUGCGCCAACAGUCGAAGAAGGAACUGGACGAUUGGCUGCGACAGAUUGAAGAAUCGAUCUCAAAAACUAAACUGUCGUCACGAAAUGCCGAGAUUCAAGCCGCCUCCCUGGAGAAUGGCGCUAUUGAGCCGGGCACCGAGUGGGAACACAUUGCCAAGCUCUGCGAUUUCAAUCCUAAGGUGAACAAAGCGGGCAAAGAUGUCUCACGUAUGCGUUCCAUUUAUCUGCAUCUGAAGCAGAAUCCAAUUCAAGUGCAGAAGGGAGCCUAAACUAUAAUGACAAUGAAUGGAUUGGUCAACUGUGAAUUAGGCUUGCUCCUAAUAAAACAUAUUGAUUUGUUUUGAUUUGGAUGAAUUUGAAUUCUAUAAAUACAAUUGCUAUAAAUUCCAAUUAUAUUACAUAUGUAUUAAUAACUAUAUAUUAUAUUUGCUGAUUGAAUUGUUUAUGAUUUCACACACAUAUUUCAUAGAUAAUAAAGAGGCAUUCAGACAUAUA